CCUAGCUAUUACUCGCAACCGGCCACGCGCCGUCGCCGUCGCGCCACAGUUUCGCCGACCCCGGCCGGGAGCCUGGCCGUACUACGCGCCCAGGAGAAGCAGCUGAAAAAACAGGCACCACCCGUGCCGUACGCAGGUCACGAGCGCCGAACUGGCUAAGCCCAUGCCGACGGGUGGUCCUCUUCCCCUUAUCCCCUCCCAUACAACGAGCGAUCGACGUAAAGCGGGGGAGGCCCCGCCGAUCAAGUGCACGCCGUCACGCCCACGCUGCCCCGCCGGAACAGGAACGGGCCGGUGCCGGCCACGCGCACUAUAUAUGCGGCUUAGCCAUGCCAUCGUGUGGCCGGCUGGCCGCUGCGCGCUACCCCCUCAUCCCGCCCCCCCGGACAGCCAGCGGCAGAGCCCGGCCGCCGCGCCGAGAGCCACGCAGCUGGUCGGUCAUGUCGUCGUCCCAAGAGGGGAAGGCGGGCGCCAAUGGCGAGCAGAGGCUGGAGGAGGGCGAGGGCGUGCUGGCGGCGGCGAUGGAGCAGCUGGCGGCGGAGGGGGUGCGGGCGCUGCACGCGCGGGUGGAGGCGGAGUGGGACCCCGUGCUGCAGAGCGCGUGCCAGACGGCGGCCGUGCGGGCGCUGUGGGCGGGCGCCGUGCGGGACCCGGCCGCCGGGGUGCUGGCCGGGGAGCGCCACCUCAGGGGCCUCCACGAGAGGAUGCGCCGCGACGAGCGCACCGGCGCGCGCGAGGUGCACGGGGUCAUGAUCGCCGUGCGCACGCUCUGGUUCGACGCCCGCAUCGAGGCCGCCGUCGCCGGCCUCGUCGGCGCCGCGCAAGUCGUCCUCCUCGGCGCAGGGAUGGACGCAAGAGCCUAUCGACUGGGCUGCCUAAAGGAAUGCGCUGUAUUUGAACUCGACUUUGCAGAUCUCCUAGAUAUGAAAUCAGAUAUUCUGCAUGAAGCAAUGAGUUCUGGAAAUCAUCAAAAACUCACCAUGAUGGCAAAAUCGUUGACUAGGGUUCCUGCUGACAUACGAGAUGUUGACUGGAUGACCAAGCUACAGAGUUGUGGGUAUGUUCCUGAAAGAAAUACCGUAUGGGUUCUUGAAGGAAUCCUCUAUUACCUUCAUCAUGUGCAUGCAAUGCAAGUCCUUGAAACAAUUGCGGCAUGCCGCACCUUAGCCUGCACAGUCCUCCUUGCUGACUUCAUGAACAAGAAUGCGGCGUCGCUGUCGCAGACGAUGUACCAUUUCUACCACGACAGCCCUGAUCUCCUUCUGCCUUCUAUGGGGUUCUCUCAAGCAAUGUUGUCACAAAUUGGAGACCCCCAAGCACAUUUUGGUCUCCUAAAUCAUCCACAAAAUCUGUUUGAUAAGCUGAGGAGAUUGCCAAGAUCAGUGGAGACUAAUCCAGAGGAUGGCACACCAUGCCGCAGAUUGUAUUUGGUAGAAGCCUCUGCUUCUCCAGAUGAUCACACCACUUUAUAAGGCUUUA